GGAUCAAUUGCAAACGGUACCACCAUUACUUCAUUGGUAAACAAGAUCCAUGGCAUGGGCGUUUAUCUCUAUUGCUAUAUCUUCCUCUCGUCUCUUUAGUUAACUGAUGACGAGGUGAAAAUGGCGGAUCUUUCGAAAUCCAACCCCGGCCUGAAAAUAGAAACGUAGCUAGCUCGCUGGUCGUUUUCAUAGUGCUGCUCCUGUCACCAAUGGAUGAUUUUGACAGGCUGCUUAGUUGAGAAAACAAGAAUCAGCCCCCAACCAUAUAUCUUAUAGAACAUUGAGAAGAUGGAACAUCGAUACCCCAUAGUUUAUCGACUUGUAUAGUGUACCAUCUGUCUUAUUUGGAGUACGGCGGAGCGACUGUUUUGAGCUGAGUGUAAACCUGGAGACAUGGACGUGGUGUCGCCAGAGCUGAACAUCCUCCUCCCUGACGAGAUAAUGGACACCGAGGCCAUCGUCAUGGAUGACGACCCACCCACCGAGUUCCCUGCGGCGUCUGGCCAAUCACAGCCCAGCGACGAUGCACCAAUCCCCAUGGAAACAGAUGUUCUCGCCGUCCAAGAGAUCGUUAGCCUGUGUUCGGAUGCUCCUCCGACCCAGCGGACUCAGGCCCUGACCACCUCCAUCACCACAGACUCCACCCUCUGUAGCACCACCUCUGCCACUCAGCUCCUCCUCACCCCAUCCAUAGCUUCAUCCUCCCCCCUUACACUCCGACCUGCCACAACCUCCACCCUCACAUCCGCCACCCCCAAAACCACUACCAGCCUGGGUGGGGUCAGUCUCACCUCGGGGGGCUUACAGAAGCUCUCAGCCAACCACCAGAUCAUCCUCAAUAAGGUGGCCUCAUCCCCGGGAGCAGACACCACCAGGUCCCCAGGCACCACCACUAUCACUCCAGGGGGCCAGAAGUUCAUGGUGACGGCCAUAGGCAAGUCAGGCCAGUCUAUUGUGCUGCAGCUGCCCCACACGGGCUCCAAGCCUGGCUCAGGGCAGGGGGAGGCCAAGGCCAACCCGCAGCAUUUCAAGGUGCUGACGAUAGGGGGGAGGACAGACCUGAAGCCGGUCAUGGUGGGGCAGGCGGUCAGCUCGGCCAGUCAGAUGUCCACCCUGCAGGCCCAGCAGCUGAAGACUGUUCAGAUUGCAAAGAAAACGCAGGUGUCGUCAGCUGGACCAAUCAAGUUCAUCAUCACUAAAGCUGUCAACAACAAAGGUCUGACCGCCCAGACAUCAGUAUCCAAUGUCAUUACAGGUCGAGUCCUGUCCACGAGCAGCCCAGUGACCCCCCCGCGGACCAUCACUCUCUCUGAGACCCUCAGCUCCAACAGCAAGAUUGCCAUCUCCCCCCUCAAGUCACCUAGCAAAUUGACGAUGGUGUCGGUGGCCUCCCAGGUACCCAACUCCCCUCAGAAGUCAGUGUCUCUGCCGCUCAACAUGGCCCACCUGGGACAGCAGAUACUAGUACAACAGUCUACAGCCACCUCUCCAGCCAAGCCCAUGAAGCCGGUGCAGACUGUGACGGUGGGCGGCCCCCAGUUUAAGACCAUCUUCCCCCUGUCCACCUCGUCCAACGUGCAGCAGAUCCAGGUGCCCGGCAGCCGCUUCCACUACGUCAGGCUGGUCACUGCCACCACGGGCAGCAGCACGGGACAGGCCGGCAGCCACUGCACCAACUCAUCCAUGACCGCCAAGCCUAUGGUGGUCAACACAGCCCAAGUCAGGAUGUCUGUCCCCAUCAUCCCAGCACAGACCAUGAAGCAGGUGGUGCCCAAGCCCCUGACGUCGUCGGGCCAGGUGCUGACAACUCAGACCCAGCAGAGGUUGAUCAUGCCCGCCACGCCGCUGCCCCAAAUCCAGCCCAACCUCACCAACCUACCCCCGGGCACCAUGCUGGCGCCUGGUUCUGGGAACAUGGGCUAUACUGUGCUGCCCGCACAUUAUGUCACGCAGCUCCAACAGUCUGCGUAUGUGACUUUGGCCAGCAGCUCUGGGUUCCCCACCCCUACAGGCAUCCAGACUCAGGCCAGACUGCCUCUCAAUGGCUUAUCAACUUCAGACGCUGCCUCCAGACCACGGAAGCCCUGCAACUGCAACAAGUCUCAGUGUCUCAAACUGUACUGUGACUGCUUUGCCAACGGGGAGUUCUGUCAGAGCUGUAACUGUACCAACUGCUUCAACAACCUGGAACACGAGACCGAGCGAGCUAAAGCCAUCAAGGCGUGUCUGGACCGUAACCCGGAGGCAUUCAAGCCGAAGAUCGGUAAAGGUAAAGAGGGCGAGUCGGACCGCAGACACAGCAAAGGCUGCAACUGUAAACGCUCGGGAUGUCUGAAGAACUACUGCGAGUGUUACGAGGCCAAGAUCAUGUGCUCGUCUACCUGUAAGUGUGUUGGCUGUAAGAACUUUGAGGAGAGCCCUGAGAGGAAGACUCUGAUGCACCUGGCCGACGCAGCUGAGGUGAGAGUUCAACAGCAGACGGCAGCCAAGACCAAGCUGUCGUCGCAGAUCUCGGACCUGUUCACAAGGACCACCCCGGCCAUCACCAGCGGAGGGGGGAGGAUGCCCUUUACAUUUGUGACGAAGGAGGUGGCAGAGGCCACGUGUGAGUGUCUGCUGGAGCAGGCUGAGCAGGCAGAGCUGAUCCAGCAGCCCCAGGCCACCGCAGAGAGGAUGAUCCUGGAGGAGUUUGGACGCUGCCUCAUGAGGAUCAUCAGCUCAGCGGGCAAGACGGACUGUCCCUCCAUCAACUGCUAGGCCAGGUCCAUGGGUUCGCUGUCUGUAUGUCUCUCACCCAGCCCAGUGAAAACUAGUGCUGGGAGACUAGAAGGGAAUAGUGGCCUCCUCUCUCCCCCAGCUUGAGAGCUAAACAUUAGGACUGGUGAGUGGUAGUGGUCCUUGGUUUCUCUGCCUCCCGGGCUGGCUAGCUAGCCGCCCAGUCUCAGAGAUGAGCAGUGGGUCUGGGAGAUGAGGGGAGUCGGCCAUGGGCGCCGUCUCUCUUGCCCACCCUCUGGGCAAAGCAUUGGGAGAGGAGUGGACUGUCUGUCUGCUCCACUUACUGCUAGCCAUGCCCAUGUGCUUUCUCUCCCAUCCCCAUAGUGCUAGCAUUGGAUAGGGUGGAGAGUGGUGCACAGUCCCAUCAAUUGUUAGCUAGCUAGACCCAGCCAGCACCAGGAGGCAUGGACAGUCCUGAGCACUGCGCACCGUUUAACCACCCUCAUAGAUCUAGUGUUGGGAGGACAUGCAUUUCUCUGGAGCUGGUGCUUCUCCUUCACAGUUAGUGGGAAUAGCCUUUGCAUAGCCUUGGCUGAAGGAAGGGGCUGUCCCCAUGCCCCCAGCCCCCCUGAAAAAAUAAGGAUUGUGGGAGAGACUCGCCAGAGAAAGAGGUGCAAGGGGGAACAGACAAAUGUUUGUUUGUGUUUUG